GCACACUUUGCUAAGAUGGCUGCUGCGGCUGGCCCUCGCUACGUCCCGGAUCGUGCUCCCGCUAACAUGCAUGGAGCAGCGGCUGCCAUGGUGUGAGGUGCCUGGCUCCCAGCAGCUCCGACACCUGGCCGUGCCCAGCCGGGUAGGAUCCCUGGAGAGGUCCCCGCCUUCAGCAGCGCGGAGUAGCCGCUCGCCCCGCAGGCUCCGCCCAGGAAGCGUCCUUUGCACUCCCCGGUGCCCAGCAGGAAGCUGCAAUCUGGGGGGUGAGUGGGGAGCGCUGCCCGGCUGAAGCGCCGCCUCUCUCCGGGAGGAGAGCCCGGGGCUGGAGGCUGCAAUCCCUGCCCGCCUUUUCGUGCAGGUACCAUUGGCAUUUUAUGCUGUGGUUGUGCUGUCCAAAGACCUAGCAGGGCUUUAUGGCAAAGGGCUGAUGGAACUCAACAGGGAUGACAUGCAGGAGAACUACCAGAAUCUCAUCUCACUAGGUUUUCCAAUUCCUAAAUGUGGCAUGGCCUCCCAAAUGGAACAAGGCAAAGAACUAUCUGACCCAGGUCACCAGGCUCUCACGGAAACGGAGCUCUUGACAUACACCCACACAGGAGAUCACAGUGGAGAGGAGGAGAUUCCUCAGCAGGAAGAUUCUGCAAGCAUGGAACUGCAGCGGGUGUUUUCAGUGAGAUCCGGAGGAGACAUAUCCCAGGGUCCGGACCUGGGAAAAGCCCACGUGAGUCAGCACAACUCAGCAAUGCUACAGAGAGAGGACCCUUCAGAGAGGAAACAAACUGAAUCCACUCAUGAUGAACGAGACCUCCAGGAGCAAGGAGAGGACGUUGUCCCCCGACGAACACCCCGAUCAGAGAGACCAACCAUAUGUUCUGAAUGCGGGAAGGGCUUCAGUCGAAGCAUACACCUGAUCCAGCAUCAGAGAAUGCACACGGGAGAGAGACCCUUCAAAUGCACGGAGUGCGGGAAAGGCUUCAGCCAGAGCUCACACCUUAUUCAGCACCGGAGAAUCCACACGGGUCAGAAGCCCUACACAUGUCACGAGUGUGGGAAGAGCUUCAGCCAGAGCUCCAACCUUAUUAAACACCAGAGGAUCCACACAGGGCACAAGCCCUAUGUAUGCACUGAGUGCGGGAAGAUCUUCAGUGAUAGCUCCACAUGCAUAAAACACCAGAGAAUGCACACGGGAGAGAAGCCAUACAAAUGUCCCGAGUGUGGCAAAAAUUUUAGCCAGCGCUCACACCUCAUCCAGCACCAGAGGAUCCACAACGGCGUCAAGCCCUACACGUGCAUGGAGUGUGGGAAGAGCUUUGGCCAGAGCUCCGAUCUGAUCAACCACAGCAGGACCCACACCGGGGAGAAACCCUAUAAAUGUCCUGAGUGUGGGAAGUGCUUCAGUGGGAACUCCAAUCUGAUCAAACACCAGCGGAUCCACACGGGAGAGAAUCCCUACCACUGUGCUCAGUGCGGGAAGUGCUUCCGCUUCCAGCCGCAGCUAGUGCGGCACCAGAAACACCAUGCACAGUAGGCACCACCACUGCUGGGAAGAAGGGGAAUACAGCCCUGCCUGUAAGGAGUAGCUAGCUGAGCAUUGCAGUGUGAUGUUGGGGAGGGAGCACAUCCUUAGUGUGAUGAUGGUUCUAGCCAUUGUUUGGGUAUGAAGCACCACAACAGGAGGAAACUGGGAAGAGUUAAGUAUUCAGGGGAAUCAUGGCCUUUUAUUUUUAGUAGUGAUAAGGGUAAAACGUGGAUCAAAUCAUAACACUUUCUCCGUACAUUAAUCAGGCUUUGGCAUUCUUGCCAGACUUCACCCAGGCCUUGUGGCUCCCUUCAGAACCUAAGCUCCUGUUUCCCACUUUCUGGUACUUUUUUUAGAUUAGUUCCUAUUGAUUAUAUUUAUUUAACCCCACUUCCCCUACCCCACAUUGUGAUGGUACUUGGGCCAUAUCCUUGGAACUGUAUUUGCUGAAUAAAUGGUAGUGAAAUCAAUGUGUCUCUGACAAAUAUGCUACUGUUCGACAACUUAGUCCAUGAGAGCAAGUCGAUUAACAUCCUAAUAGACAUUUCUGUCAGAAAGAUGCUUGCUCAAGGGCUCUUGUGGGUGGCACUGUAUGAACAUUCUAAAGGUGUAAUCGGUAUGUAGGAUGAAUUUGUUUUAACUGCAGUCUGCUAAUUGACAAUUUGGUGAACAGGAGGAGGAUGACAUGCAUUGAAAAAAAAAAUAAACUAUUUGUUUAACUUUAA